CCUGUAUGGCCCGCAGCCAGUGCCUGGAGGGCUGACCAGGAAGAUGCAGUAGUUCAAAAUACUAAUUACGAGGGAGAUAGGUAAAUGGGAGGUCAUCUUGCAUUAGUGAGAUAUUGCCGGUGAACAGAACGUGGAAAAAGAUGGCCUUGCAGAGCCGAGGCCUGAUUCGAAUGGAUGUACUUUGCAGGCACACCCAGGUUACGGCUAUCACAGGCAUGAGUGAGUAUAUUAUAGUCAGUAGCAAGUCAAGUUGGGAAGAGUGCUUGAUAGUUAUUGCUGUUGUUCAUCCGCCAUAUCCGCAGAGAGGUGCCUUAGUACAGAUAUCCGUCAACGAAACAAAAUGCCUCCCCCCUGACCUGACACUGUACAUAAUGAUCAUCACAUUCCACGAAGGUGCAUAUUGAGUGGAUAAGGAAGAUGAAUCUAUGCCUCUGAUUUAUCUUUCAUGUGUCCUGAAAGUAAUAUCCAUUUCCGAUCUUCACCCAGUAUAAUCCGUAGAAGGAAUAAAUUCAGGCUACGGAACGUUACGGCAGUACUUUCCCUAACGAGGAAGACUGUGACCCAUUACGCCAAUGAAGCUGCCCGUGACUUGCCCAUCUCUCAACAAUGCCGAAAAGGGGAUUGUCUGCUAUUUUUGCCCUCUCGGUAAAGACAAAC